AUGAUGCUCUCAGAUGCUUUGACUGUUUCAAUAGUUUUCUUUCCAAUAGGUGCUUCUCUUUUUGCCACAAAUAUUGGCAGUGGCCACCUUAUCGGCCUGGCUGGGAUAGGAGCAUCUUCAGGUAUUGCUAUUGGGGCCUUCGAGUGGAAUGCUAUAUUUCUGAUCUGUAGUCUUGGUUGGAUAUUUGUUCCUAUUUACAUUAAUGCUGGGGUUGUGACAGUGCCAGAAUAUUUGAGGAAGAGGUUUGGUUGCUACCGGGUCGAGCUUCUCUUCUCUGUUUUGUAUUUAUUCCUGUAUAUCUUCAGUAGGAUGUUGUUGGAGAUCUGCUAUGGUGUCAUGUUCCUGAGGAUAGUUUGGAGGAUGGAUGUUUACCAGGCCAGCCUGAUCUUAUUGACAGUUGCUGGCAUUUAUACCAUCACAGGUGGCUUGGCAGCUGUGGUUUACACUGAUAUCUUACAUGCUGGCUUUAUACUUUUGGGAUCAAUCUUGUUAAUGGGUUAUGCCUUUAAUAAAGUGGGAGAAUACCAGGGACUGCUGCAUAAGUACUUCCACGCCAUACCAAGUGUGAUCAGUGAAGGCAACUGGACUGCCAAGCCGGACUGCUACCUUCCUCGCCCAGAUUCCUUCCAUAUCUUCCGAGAUCCGAUCACUGGAGACAUCCCCUGGCCUGGGCUCGUCUUUGGCCUCUCUAUCCUCUCCUUGUACUACUGGUGUACAAAUCAGGUGUUUGUCCAGCGGUGCCUGGCAGGGAAGAACAUGUCUCACAUAAAAGGCGGCUGCCUCCUGUGUGGGUACCUGAACCUGCUGCCCAUGUUUAGUAUAGUGAUGCCAGGAAUGAUCAGCCGCAUCUUGAACCCAGAUAAAGUGGCAUGUGUUGUACCUUCAGAAUGUCAAAAGUACUGUGGCAGCAAAAAUGGUUGCAGCCCCAUUGCCUAUCCACUACUGAUGAUAGAGCUGCUACCCAAUGGCUUACGAGGCUUGAUGCUGUCCACACUAUGCGCCUCUCUCAUGUCCUCCCUGACUUCUAUUUUCAACAGUGCCAGCGCUCUGUUCACACUAAACAUCUAUACCCAAAUGCGGCCUAUGGCCACUGAAAAGGAACUCAUGAUAACAGGAAGGUUUUUUGUUAUAGUCUUACUUGCUGUCACCAUUGCCUUGGUCCCUAUUACGGAUACAGCUCAGAGUGAAAUACUGUUUGAAUACACACAGGCAAUUAGGAGUUAUGUGACACCACCCAUUGCUGCUGUCAUUCUGCUUGCCAUAUUCUGCAAAAGAGUCAAUGAGCAGAGUGCCUUCUGGGGGCUGAUUGUCGGGAUUAUAAUUGGCUUCAUUGGAAUGGUGGCCAAGUUGGUCUACGAACCUUGGAGCUGCACAGGGAACAGCAAGUGCCCUGUGUUCAUCUGUGGCGUGCACUACCUCUAUUUUACCAUGAUCCUUUUUGUGGUUAGUCUUCUCACCAUGCUGGGGAUCUCUUUAAUCACAGACCCAAUUCCAGAUAAACAUCUCCAUCGGCUAUGUUGGAGUUUACGAAACAGCCCAGAGGAAAGGGUAGAUCUGGACACAGAGACACAAAGAAAGAGACCUCUUGAGCCCCCAGCACAGCCAGAUGUGUUAAACAAGGCCCAGAGCUGCGCCUGGAAGGCCUGGGACCUCUUCUGUGGCCUGGAGCCACAGCCGGGCCCAAAACUAGCCCCAGAAAAGGAGAAGACGGAAGAUGCACAGUGGGGUGACAUGUUGGAGAAGCCCCUCUGGAGGUACAUUGUCAAUACCAAUGGGAUCAUCUUGCUCGCACUCGUGAUUUUCGGCUACAUCUACUAUGCCUAG